AUGGGUGGUGGGAAUUCAAGACCCAGGUCUCGUCCUGUGACGAAUCCGCCGGUGCUUCCAAAUACUGGCAUUGGAGCUUCUCCUUACACAGCAUCACCAUUAAUUGGUGGUCGACCGGGAGUUGUAGCUCCUGUUAUAGCUGGUAACGUCCCAUUAACGCCACUUCAACAACAACAGCAGCAGCAAAUAGUGUUACUACAAAACCAAUUGAAUCAAAUGCAACAGCAACUGCCAUAUCGUUUUGGUCAACCAAAUCUCGGUCAACCAAGUCUUUAUAAUCAACAACUACCUUUAAUUAAUCAAUAUGGACCACCGAGCCCCGCUAUUAGAAAUUUACUUGACGGGGGACAAAACCCAGGAUACAGUGCUCUUAAUACUGGUAUCGGGUCAGGCAUUGGUGGACUUGGUGGACUUGGUGGACUUGGUGGACUUGGCGGUAUUGGUGGCACAGGUGGUAUGGGUAAUUUAAGAGACACUGAUUAUGCCUCGUUUGCACAUAUAGCAGGGUUAAACACGUCCGACGUAGCCAUGUUACAUCGAGAAUUUAUGAAUUUAUCGCGUGGUGGUAAAUUAGAUCGAGUUGUUUUUCGUCAAUUAUUACGUGAUGCACUAGUUGAUAUAAAUAACGAACAGGUUGAUCGUAUGAUAGAGAAUUUAUUUAUGAGAUUUGAUCGUAAUCAUGAUGGUUCGAUUGAUUUUCCAGAAUUUAUUGGUGGAUUUAAAGAAGUUUUGAAGGGAAACCCGAAUGAACUAACAGGUUUUUUACAACAGCCACUCGACCUAUUAGGUGGCGGUGGUUUAGGUGGUUUAGGUGGGGGUUAUCAACUACAAAAUCCGUAUCAGGGCAUAUCGAUAGUUCCACUUGGACAACAAUAUAGUCCCGCACUAACCUACGGCGGAGCUGCUGCACCAGUAUCAAUUCUUGCUGGUGGACAAAUGUCAGCGCCCCUGAUUUCCCUUGAUCCAAUGCAAGGACAAUAUGUAAUUGCUACGCCCGGACAAUACAUGAUCACUCAGCCUACAGCUCUACAAUGUAUUCCUCUACCAAUUAUGUAA